AUAUUGUGUCCGGUUGUUAAAAAAGGAAAUUUGUGACUUUGAUUUAGUUGAAUGCCUUGAGGCAUCUUUUCCCUGGAGAGAUGGACUAAGCAGCUUAAAAUUUCCUCAUUUACUUGUUCAUGUAGAUUUGGAUUUAUUUGUCUACUAGAUUCUGGUUUAGGUUCCUUGUUCUAUAUGGAGUAAAUUGAUCACAAAAUAAAAUCAAUUUUUUCGUUCUCAUUAAAAUUUCCAACCUGUGGUAUAGCUGGAAGCUGUUUGCUAAUACCAGCUAAUUCAUCUGGACAGAUUUGCAUACUCUUUUGAGCGUUAUGAUUUAUCUUAUGACACUUGUUUAAAUUUUUAGCUGCGUCCUGUGUUCUCUGCUUUUCUGACUGUUGUGAUGGACUUGUGUUUCUUACUCUUUCUGCCUGGAUGAAUGUGUCAAGCUUAAUUUAGUUCCUAUUAGUUUAGAAAACGCAGGGGGCAUAUCAGAAUGAAGGCACUGAUCCUUGUUGGAGGUUUUGGAACAAGGUUGAGGCCAUUGACUCUCAGUGUUCCUAAACCACUUGUUGAAUUUGCCAACAAACCUAUGAUCCUGCAUCAGAUAGAGGCUCUCAAGGUUAUUGGAGUGACUGAAGUUGUUUUGGCUAUCAACUACCAGCCUGAGGUGAUGCUCAACUUCUUGAAGGAAUUUGAGACGAAGCUUGAGAUUAAGAUCACUUGCUCACAAGAGACUGAGCCGCUCGGCACUGCUGGUCCUCUGGCCUUAGCAAGGGACAAACUAAUCGAUGAUUCUGGCGAGCCGUUUUUUGUUCUCAAUAGUGAUGUUAUCAGCGAAUACCCGCUCAAACAAAUGAUAGAUUUCCACAAAGCCCAUGGUGGAGAGGCUUCCAUAAUGGUGACCAAGGUGGAUGAGCCAUCGAAGUAUGGUGUUGUGGUUAUGGAAGAAUCCACGGGAAAAGUUGAGAGAUUUGUGGAAAAACCAAAAAUAUUUGUUGGUAACAAAAUCAAUGCUGGGAUUUAUCUGCUGAACCCAUCUGUUAUUGAUAGAAUUGAACUGAGGCCCACCUCAAUUGAGAAAGAGGUCUUCCCAAAAAUUGCAGCAGAUAACAAGCUCUACGCAAUGGUGCUUCCAGGGUUUUGGAUGGACAUUGGACAGCCAAGAGACUAUAUUGUAGGCCUAAGACUCUAUCUAGAUUCCCUUAAAAAAAAUUCCUCAUCUAAGUUGGCCACUGGUCCUCAUAUUGUGGGAAAUGUCUUGGUGGACGAGACCGCCAAGAUUGGAGAGGGUUGUUUGAUUGGACCUGAUGUUGCAAUAGGACCAGGAUGCAUUGUCGAGUCAGGAGUUAGACUCUCUCGUUGCUCUGUGAUGCGUGGAGUUUACAUCAAGAAGCACGCUUGCAUAUCUAGCAGUAUCAUCGGGUGGCACUCCACUGUCGGGAGAUGGGCCCGUGUAGAGAACAUGACAAUCCUUGGAGAAGAUGUCCAAGUGUGUGACGAAAUUUACAGCAAUGGAGGUGUGGUUUUACCCCACAAAGAGAUCAAAUCGAGCAUUUUGAAGCCAGAGAUUGUAAUGUGAGGGACUGGGUUGGGGAUUUGCAGACUACGUUUAAAGCCCUUGGGAGGGUUACAAGUUAUUGCGUUUGGAAAUGUUUUUCCGAGUUCGAGUUCGAAUUAGAUUGCUGAAAGAGGAGGUCUGUCAUAGAUGUGAAAAUGGUGUGAAAGUGCAACUCUGUGGUGUAGAUAUAUUAUUUAGUUUUCAUGUAACCAAAACGUUGUAAAAUUGAAAUCUUCAGUUUCACAGAAUCCAGUGAAACUCUUUGUUUUGUCAA